UGUAAAGAUACAAAAUUUAGGGGAGUCGAGGUCGGGCCGUCCUAUUCGAUCGCCGCCACAGUUGCUUGUGCCUCAUCGUUGCCUCGCCGGCGAUCUCACCGGCGGCGACGUGAGACGACAAACCGGGCCUCCUUUCGUUGAAGCCUUCCCUCAUCGGGAGGUGUCGCCAUCCGCUUCUUCCCCGCCUUCUGCUGGUACUGGGCUGGCGUGGAGAGGAGGUUCGGUCCGUCCUGACCUAGAUCAAUCUCUUUGUUGGUCCCGUCGUGAUGGGGUUAUUCAGGGGCAGCUUCACUUUCAUGGUGGGAAUGGGUUGUGGUGUCUAUGUAGCUCAGAACUACAAUGUUCCGAACGUCAAGAAGCUAUUCAACACCUACGUCUUCCUGGCAAAGCAUAUUGAGGAAACCCACCGCAAGCCGAAGAAGGAUGAUGACUGAUCAUUUACAUAGGUUUUCCUGUCAUGCCCUAGGAAAAGUGAAGUAGCUAACAUGACACAGAAAGGUGCUCUUUAGGAAUGGUAAAGUCAAAUUUGAUGAUCAUCAGGUUUUGAACUAUGUUGGAUUAUCUUGGUUAGUAGAUGUGGAAUUUUGUUGCAGUAACAGUUUUUGGUCUUAUUGGACCAUCAUAAUUCAUCCAAUGCCUGACUAGCACUAAAUGCACUUUACUAGGCGAUGGAUAAGUUUGCGUCCUUGCAUUUGUCAAGUUUACAUGGGAUGGUAUGUUUAAUUUUAAAUAGCACCUUUCCUGGAA